AUGGACGAACUCAGUGCUGCUAUUGAGGCGGCAGCUGCAGCUGCGGCGGCUUCGUCGCAAGAGCCGCCGGAGCAGCCAAAGCAACCAGAUCAUCCGGAGCAGCAAGAACAGCAAGAACCUCCAAAGAGCCCCGAGGUGAAGAUGGAGAUCAAGCCCGAGCCUGUCUCGCCUGAAGUUGCUCCUCCCUCGCCCAUGAAGCGCGCUCGAUCUCCGAAUGAAGAUGCAGAGACAAGCAACGAGAAACGACAAAAGAUAGACGUUGAUGACCAGAGCCUUUCCAAAUCUGAUCCUCUUCCCCUACCAGACCUAGGCAUAGAGCCGACGACAGAACUGGACCCGACGCCAGUUGCUGAUACCGAACCGAUGACCGACAUAGACCAUGACAAUGUAGCUGAUAUGGACGAGAUUACCAAAAUGAUCCAAGCAGCUCAAGAGGCUGCCUUGGCAGAUCAGGUAUCGCAGGACCAUCCCGCCUCCGAUUUCCACACAGACGUCAAUGGCAUUGGCGGCGACGAGGAUCAUGCUCAUCACGAUCUGGACUUGAACAGCAUCAUGGCGAGUAUAACCAACGGCCUGGAGACUGGUGGAGAUCUAGACACAAAUGGGGAUUUGUUGAACCACGACAGUGGAAACGACUCUUUGACGCUGCCGGACUUGUCUGCGUCGCUCCAAGCUACGCCAAAGAAGACCACUAUAUGGAGCAAUCGGGCGCAAUACACACGACAGACAUAUAUACUGCCAACCUUGGGCAAAGUGGCUGUUGACAUUCUCAUAGCCCUGUCUGAACAACCUUUAGAGGACACAAUUACAGCACUCAACGACCCAGAUAACAGCACUGUGGGCAAGGAAUACGUGUUGCUAAGAUCCUUCUUCGAUUCCCUGCGGAAACAAUUGUCAGAGGACUUUCCUCUACUUUAUCCAGAUCAACUCGACAUCAGCAGCCCCGAAGAUCGGGAGAUUAUCCGAAUAGCUAAUUUGGCUACUUCGUGCGCAAGCAUGUUUGGCGCUAAUGAGCUCGGCUGGCCUGAUUUGAACACGAGCUUUCUCAGUACAUUUGUGGCUGGGGGGCAGCAAAUGGCUACUGAGGAAGCUGAUUUGUACCUUGGCCUCAAGACGCAAAUGUUCUUGACUCUGCUCGAGUCUGAGCAGUCCAAACCCAGACAUCAAAUACUGGAAGAGCUCUUUGUGACCGGACAAGAGGACUCCCUCAAGAAACACCAUCCCGACUUACCGUUGGCUCAAUCUGAGAGCAAAUUUCUCGCUGAUGCUGAGACCAGAAAGGCAAUGCUAUUGAAUGAGUCCCAUGAUCAGAAUAGUAUUCUGGCCUUGAGCCAGCAAUACACCUAUGAAGCUUUUCUGGACGAGCUCAGCACAUACCUCGAUAAGCACAUGGGAAAUAUUGAGAAGUUGGGAUCUAGCCCAACCAGUGUGUCGGCUGAUGCUGAGAGUGCUGGCUUAUUUGAUGGUGUCAACGGCCUUGAUAGCUUCGAUAUCGAUGCAGCUAUCGCUGAAGCAGCAAAGGCCGCACAAGAAGCUGUAGGAACGAAUGGAACUGCCAACAAUGUCGUGACUGAAGAUCUCGCUGCCCUUAUAUCAUAUGCAUCCGAGCAAGCACAAGGCUCAGGCUCGACCGAAAUGUCUCCAGCGGUUCUGUCUACGAGCGAGAGCGCCAUGCGCGCCACCAAUCUGGCCUUGCAGACCAUGCAGCGGAAUCAGUACCACCCGACGACAGUUCAGCAAAACACGAAUGGAACGUCAACUAGCCAACAUGUGUCUCAUCAGCCACAGCAACAAGCAGCGCAACAACCAGCGCAACAGCAGCAGUACUAUGCCUACUCUCAGCAGGCCAAUGGUAAUGUACAACAGGCACAGGGUUCAGACAGGGUCGAGCUACCCCCAGGUCAGCAUGCUUCCUCAGAGAUCCUAUAUGAGAGAGCCAGACAAGCUGCAGCCGCACGAUCUAGCACUCAUGCUCGCAGAGAGGGCUCACAUUCAACGCGACGGCCUUGGAGUCCCGAGGAAGAAAAGGCUCUAAUGAUGGGACUGGACAUGGUAAAAGGUCCCCAUUGGUCUCAGAUCUUGAGUUUGUUCGGUCAACAGGGGCGGAUGAGCACCAUUCUCGCCGACCGCACGCAGGUUCAACUCAAAGACAAGGCACGAAACUUGAAGUUGUUCUUCUUGAAGACGAAUUCGGAAAUGCCCUACUACCUUCAGUGUGUUACGGGCGAGCUGAAGACUCGUGCACCUACACAGGCUGCAAGGAAAGAGGCCGAGGAGCGGGCCAGGCUCACAUCAGAUCCUGAUGAUCAGGCUCGCGUCAGUGCCACCAUGGCUUUGGGCAGUCUACACAAUGGCAAUCCGGCAAGGCCUCAGCCAAAACCGUCACCUUCGAAACCUGGAGUUCCUGGCCAAGUGGUUCACCACAGCCACGCGCACCCAACCAUGUCACAUGCUGCUCAGCUGCAGAGGACGGCGUCUGGUCAUGUACCAGCCCAUUCUCCAGCACAUUCUGUGCACAACUCGCAGCAUAUUCAGUUGGCUCAAGCUGGUCAGAAGGCUCACGUAUCUGGCCAGCCUGCACACCCGCACCAUAUGCAACAGGUGGCACCGAGGCCGCCUCAUCAUGCGCAGAAUCAAGUGCCAUUGAAGCCGCAGCCAAGCCAGCAACCGUCACUGCAACCGCAAAACUCGCAACAGCAAACACUGCACAAUCACCAACGACCAGCCGCUCCCGCGCAUGGUCAGACACCCCUGCACCAGCAGCACCAACGGCUUCAGCAUUCUGGCCAGCCGCAGACGCAGCGACCACUGCAGCAGCAGCCACAACAACCACCAAGACAAGUUCAACCACAGCCACAGCAGCAUGUCUCACAUACUCCACUGCAGCAACAGCAGCAAAAGCCAAUACAGCCUCAGCCAGCACAACAUCAACCUCAACAUCAGCCUCAGCAUCAACCACAGCCACAUCCCCUCUUGCAGCACCAGCCAGCGUCAGCAGCUCACGCGCAACCUCAAACACACGCUCAGCCUCAGGUUCAGCAAGCUCAACCAGCUCAACUGCAGGCGCAACAACAGGCUCAGACACAGUCCCAGCCACAAGCCCCAGCUCCUGCGCCCCCGAAACCAGAAGAUCAUGGAAUCAAGCACGAGCCUUUGAACGAAGAGGAGGCCGGCUUGUUGGAACUGAAACGUUUCAUGAGCCAAGAGAACAGUGCCGAGAGCCAGGACCAGAGUAUUGAGGCUGCCUUGCUCGCAGCCUCGGCCGCCGUUGCAGCACAGCCAACGAGUUAA